AUGUCAAUAAUCUCUCUUUUUCAGAAAAGACGCAGGAGAAGAACUGCUUCAUGGCUACGGGAGCGUGUGUUGCAGCUUGGUCCAACUUUUAUCAAACUUGGACAAUUAUCCUCGACAAGGUCAGAUCUAUUUCCUCGAGAGUUUGUGGAUGAGCUUGCCAAGUUGCAGGUAACUUUUGAUAUUAUUCUGGUGCCUUCCUUCUCUCCAAAGAAAGCAAGAAAUCUUAUUGAGAGGGAAUUGGGAGCUCCAAUUAAUGUGCUGUUCAAGGAGUUUGAGGACCAGCCAAUAGCCGCAGCUAGUCUUGGUCAGGUGUUUGAUUUAUGCUUAGCUGUUGUGCACCGAGCUAUCCUGCACAAUGGGGAGAAAGUAGUUGUGAAAGUUCAAAGGCCUGGACUCAAGAAACUUUUUGACAUCGACUUAAGAAAUUUAAAGCUAAUUGCAGAGUACUUUCAAAGAAGUGAAACUUUUGGUGGUCCAAGUAGAGAUUGGAUGGGGAUAUACGAAGAAUGCAAAAAGAUUUUGUAUGAGGAGAUUGAUUAUAUUAAUGAAGGAAAAAAUGCUGACAGAUUCCGCCGAGAUUUUCGGAAUACAAAAUGGGUCCGAGUACCACUGGUAUUUUGGGAUUAUACUGCCAUGAAGGUUUUGACUUUGGAGUAUGUACCAGGGGUUAAGAUAAAUAGGCUAGACAUGCUAGAUUCACGGGGAUAUGAUCGUUCACGAAUUUCGUCACGGGCUAUUGAAUCAUAUUUGAUUCAGAUUCUGAAAACUGGUUUCUUUCAUGCUGAUCCUCAUCCUGGAAAUCUUGCUGUUGAUGUGGAUGAAUCACUUAUCUAUUAUGACUUUGGUAUGAUGGGAGAGAUCAAAACGUUUACACGUGAGAGGCUGCUUGAACUUUUCUAUGCGGUUUAUGAAAAAGAUGCGAAAAAGGUUAUACAAAACCUCAUAGAUCUUGAAGCACUUCAACCCACUGGAGAUUUAUCAUCUGUGAGAAGAUCUGUACAGUUUUUCUUGAACAAUUUAUUGAGCCAGACACCAGAUCAGCAGCAGACUUUGGCUAUAAUUGGGGAGGAUUUGUUUGCAAUAGCUCAGGAUCAACCAUUUCGGUUUCCAUCCACAUUUACCUUUGUUAUCAGAGCAUUUACAACGCUUGAAGGUAUUGGCUACAUUCUUGAUCCAGAUUUUUCCUUUGUGAAGAUUGCUGCCCCUUAUGCGCAGGAGCUUUUAGAUGUACGACAAAAGCCGCGUAAUGGAACAGAACUAGUUGAGGAAAUAAGGAAACAAGCAAAUGAUGCUAGAAGUUCCACCAUAUCUAUGCCAUACAGAAUCCAACGAAUAGAGGAGUUUGUGAAACAACUGGAAGCAGGUGACUUGAAGCUCCGAGUCCGGGUGCUUGAGUCAGAAAGAGCAGCUCGAAAAGCAACAAUACUACAAAUGGCAACCAUGUAUACAGUCUUCGGAGGAACCCUAGUAAACCUUGGGCUAACUUUCAGCAGCCAGGGCAGUCAACUUAUUGCAAAUGGAUCAUUUGUUGGUGCAGGAAUUUUUCUGACACUUCUUCUAAGGUCCAUGCAAAGGGUAAAGAAGCUUGAUAAAUUUGAGAAGAUGAUAUGA